AUGCUGUUCAUGAAUUAUUUAUUGUAUUUCAUUCUAUUCUAUGGAAUAAAUGGAUUACCACAAAUCAAUCUUGAUCUCACCCAUUGGCCAAAUAAUACUGAAAGUAAUAGUAGUCUACAACAUGAUUGUCUUCAUGUUGCUGCUUGGAUUGAAAAUGAAGAAAGUGAUCCAUAUGAAAUUAUUUCAUAUUGUAUGAGUGAAUGGCCAUCACAGUGGAGUAUCGAAAAAAAUAAUCAAGAUCAAUAUUUUACUUUCGCUCAACUUUAUCAACGAAAUAUUAGUAGUGAACAAUUACAUGUUUGGUCAACACCAUUGGAUAUCAUUGAAUAUUAUGAAUUAUAUUUGAAUCAUCGAUUAAUCUCAAAUACAUCGGUAGUAAUGCCAAUAAAUGGAUUUUAUAAUUGUACACCACCUAGAUUCGGCCCAUUAUGUCAAUAUUCAUUAGAAAUUUAUCAAUCUGAUCAUUUAACAUUAAAUGAAAUGAUUCAUGAUUAUUAUUUACAUGAAUAUCAACCAACAACACUGACAUGUUACAUUCAUUUAGAAUGUGAUCGUGGUUCUAUAUCAUUAUGUCUUGAUUGGAGUGAAAUAUGUGAUGGUAUUGUUGAUUGUCGAAAUGGAAUCGAUGAAGAAUCUUGUUGGCAAUUAAAUAUCAAUCAAUGUGAAGACAAUGAAUAUCGAUGUCGAAAUGAACAAUGUAUACAAAAAACAUUUUUUAGAGAUGGUUCUAAUGUUUUUGAAUGUCUUGAUCAAACAGAUGAGAAAAAACUUUCUGAUUCAACUAUCUUCAUAAAUAUGAGCAGUGAACCAACAUUUUCAACAGAAGAUGUAACAUGUUCUAAACGUGAUCCGAGACUCCGAAUGAAGAUGACAAGUUCAUGUGUUAAAAAGCGUACAGAUUUAAUAGAAAAAUUGAUGUUCACUGACAAACCACAAAACGUAUCGGAUGAUUGUUGGUUAGCUAUUCAUUGCCAUUGGAACAUACAAAAAUUAUCAGAUUUAAUAUGUGAUGAUAUUUCUUCCGAUGGAAAUUUUGCAGAAAUAAUUGAUCAAACAUGUCCUGAUAUGCUGUAUAUGCCAUCGAGUCCAGUUCUAUUUGGACAUAUAUACUUUUCAUAUACAAAAGAAGACGUGUUGAACCAUAAUCCAAUUCGUCCUAUACCACCACCUCGAUAUCUCUGCUAUAAUGAUCAACUUUGUAGUGGAUUCUAUUUCGAUCGAACAUUAUUACCAUUCAAUAAUGCAACAUGUCGUCGUCCUGAAGAUUUUCCAUUAAAAUUUGAUUUGUUUGGGCUUAGUCGAACAGCGUGGAAUGGUAGGUAUGCUUUACCUUCAUUUAAACAACUUCAUCAAUGUAACACAGUGAAUCACAAUGAACCUUUAAGUUGUAACACAUUAAAUAUGUAUAAAUGUCUUAACUCUUCAAAAUGUAUUUCCAAGAAUCUUCUUUGUAAUAAAAUCAACGAUUGUGAUUACAAAGAUGAUGAACAAUGUUCUUCAAUUGAAAAUUCGUGUUCGAAUUUUGGAAUAUAUCGUUUUAUACGAUGUACUACACAAGAUCGUUGUAUUUCUACAACAUUAGAAAACGAUGGGAUAUGUGAUUGUGGAUUUAAUGAAUAUGGUUUAUGUGAUGAUGAAGACUCAGAUGAUUAUCACAUCAAAAAUCAUAUUUCAUUUUCAACGAUUUGUGAUGGAUUUAUUGAACUGAUAUCAGUUGAGAUUGAUCAACGAAAUGAAACUGAUGAGACAGAAUGUGAUUAUUGGAGAUGUAAUAAUACAUAUACUCGAUGUGAUGGAUUUUGGAAUUGUCUAAAUGGUGCCGAUGAAGUUGAUUGUGAUCCGUCACCAGCAUUAUCAUGUCCACUUCAUCAUCAUAUAUGUGUCUCAUCUGAAACAUAUCAGCUGAUGUGUUUACCACUUAAACAAGCUAAUGAUGGUAAUAUAGACUGCAUUGGUGCUACCGAUGAACCUCAGCUAUGUCGAUCUGAUUAUUUUGAGGCUAGCUAUUAUAAUAUUCAUUGUAAGAAUGGUGAAGGGAGUCAUUGUACUUUCUACCACUUUUUUUGUGGUGAUUCAAUAUGCAAUGAAACUAAUUAUGAAUUUUGUGCGAUACCACGGAACUAUUCUUCACCUGUGUAUAUGGAUUCCGAUGAACUUGAUACUACUGGUUCAGACAUCGACAAAUUUUUUAAUCAACGUAAAGUAGAUAAGGACAAACCACGUGAGAAAAACUUUUCAUUGGGUGCAAUGAACAAUGUUAUCAAGCAAAAUACAACAAUGAUAAGACUACCUUUAUCUAUUAAUCAAGAAAUCAUUCGUCAACAACAACAACGUUGCCAUCGUGGUUUACUUCUACGAGUUUGGCUAGAUUAUGAAAAAAACUUAACAAAUGAAACAUGUUUAUGUCCACCUAGUUUUUAUGGAAAUAUGUGUCAAUAUCAAAAUCAACGAAUUAGUCUCACUUUAAAAUUUCAAACAUAUGCUGAUUCUCUACAAAUUCUAUUUGCUAUUGUAGUCUUACUAAUCGAUGAUAGUGAUGAUCGAUUGAUUCAUUCACAUCAACAAUUUAGUUAUUUAUAUAUGCGAGAUUGUGAUAUUAAAUUCAAUAUGUACUUACUCUAUUCAACUCGACCAAAAGAUAAAAAUAAAAAUUAUUCCAUUCAUAUCGAUGUUUAUGAAAAAAUGUCUCUCGCAUAUCGAAGAAGUUUUUUAAUUCCAAUUCAAUUUUCAUUUCUACCUGUAUAUCGUCUCGCUGUACAACUGAAUAUUCCACGUACAACUGAUACAUUCGAACGUUGUGUAAAUCAACAUUGUAUUCAUGGUCAAUGUAUGAAAUAUUCAAAUCAUCGAAAUGGUGCUACAUUUUGUCGAUGCAAUCAAGGCUGGUCUGGGCGAUAUUGUAACAUUUCACAUCAUUGUACAUGUUCAAAUGAUUCAUUAUGCAUUGGUAUUUUACCAAAUAAUCGAUCUUUAUGUGUUUGCCCUUCUAAUAAAUGGGGUUCUCAAUGUUUAUUUCAAAGUCGAAUAUGUAAUUCAAAUGAAAAUCUAACAUGUCUGAAUGGUGGCAAAUGUAUACCAACUGAUGAACAUGUUGUAUCUAAUAAAAAAUUCAAAUGUAUCUGUCAAAAAGGUUUUAGUGGAUUAAGAUGUGAAAUAAUUGAUAAUGAAAUUAAUCUGUCAUUUCAGGAAAAUAUUAAACUAUCUCAAUCAAUACUUGUUCAUUUUAUUGAAGUAUUUGAUGAUCAUGUACCAAUCAAUGGCAGUACAUUUCAAACAGCAGUGGACCAUUGGAGAAGUCGACCGAGAAACUGUUCCACUUUAAGGAGAAAUGGUUUACCCCAAUAA